CGUGUGUUUACUAAGAAGAGAUUCGUGAAUACCCACUACAUGAAACCAUUGUAAUUUCUUACACAGAAACGUAAGGACUCACGUCGAAGCCAAUAUGAGAUGUUACAUAUCUUUAACUGUCCUUCUUGUUUGUGUGUAUUGCAAGCCGUUUGAUAAAUUUGAAUCCAUCUUUCCGAAAAUUAAAGGUUAGUAAAGUGAUUGCUUUGAUUAAAAUAUGAUCGUGGUCACACAUUUUUUAUAUAAACCUGUUCUUUGCAAGGAACUCAUGAUGGGUACCUAUUCCAGGGAGAUAUGAUCAUGUCGAGAGCGGAAAUCGAGAUAGCAAUGAAAGGUGGUGAUGUAGAUUCGAUCAGUGAAAAUGCGUAUGGCUUGAUGAAUUCAAAGUAUCGAAAGUGGCCGAACGCUGUUGUGCCUUACAACAUCACGGAGAUAAAAAAUAAAGCAUUAAAUAAACUUGGAUUAAAGGGUCCAACAGAAAAGGCUGUACUGAAAGCCAUGGCAGCAUGGGAAAGCAAAACCUGUGUCCGAUUUGUUGAACGAACCAAUGAGAAGGAUUAUCUAAAUUUCGUGGAUGAUGGAUAUGGAAAGUGUUUCUCUUACGCUGGUCGCAGUGGAGGAAAGCAAAAACUAUCCUUAGGUUUUGAAUGCUUCUACAAAGGAAUAGCUAUUCAUGAAAUUGGUCACGCGCUUGGAUUACAUCAUGAACAAUCGAGACCAGAUAGAGAUCAAUAUGUCGAAAUCUUAUGGGACAACAUAAAAACAAAAUACAAACCGCAGUUCAAAAAGUAUUCUCACAAACAGAUCGACAGUCUUGGCAGCCCAUACGAUUAUGACUCCAUAAUGCACUACCGUUCUGUUGCGUUUGGAAAGCUGCCGUUUCAGAAGACGAUCAAAGCGAAAGUGGAUGGAGCAAAGUUUGGUCAACGCGACCACAUCAGUGUACAAGAUGCGUGGCAAAUAAAUAAAUUCUAUGGGUGUAAAGUGAAAUAACUUUUUAUUUAGGAAUAAUAUCAGUAUGGUCUGAUACAA